CUGAUGUUUGGAAUACAUGUUGUAACCGGCGUGCAAUCACCGAAAGUGGUUUUGUUUUGUUUCUCCAUUUUUUUCUAGUUUAAUAAUUGGUGAAUAUAUUUAAUGAAAGAAAGAACAAUUGUGAUUUCGUUAUGGAGAGUCCAACAGAGCAAGAAUCGCCAUCGAAUAGACGUGAAAGGACGGUGGAAUUGGUUCCUGUUUUGGUUAAGUUCAACAAAGAAAAAUUGUUGGGUCGUGAUAUUCAAAUAAACAGGGAUGUGUUUAAAUUGGGUCGAGGUCCCGACAACAACGGAAUAAUCUUGGACGUUUCGAUCUCCCGCAACCACUGCGUAAUCCAAAAAAGCGACUCCGACUUCACGAUAAUGGAUUCAAGCUCCUCAGGAACGUUCUUAAACGGAACAAAAUUAAUUCGCAACGUGACUUACCCCCUGAAGCUGGACGAUGAGCUGGCGUUCGGCGACACAAAAAAAUUCAUCUACACCAUGAAGAUGUGUCCCAAAGAGGAGAGUCCAGCGGUGAAGAGGGCGAGGAUGGAGGUGGACCUCAUGCAGGCUGUAUCAGCGAAACAGAAGAUCUUCGAGGAGCGCCAGGAGGCCCAGAUGAAGGAGAUGGAGGACAAAAUACUGCUGAAACAGAAGCAAACCGAGGAAUUGACGAGUCGUCUCGAUGACUUGAGGAAGCAGAAGGAGGCGGUGCAGGGGGAGUCCCUGGAGAAGAACAAUCAGAUUAAGCUCCUGGAGGAGCAGAUCAAAGCCUCGAAGGACAAUCAGGCCCAGCUCCAGGACAACCUGAAGCAGCUGGUGGACUCGAUGACCGAGGAGAGGAGACAGUUCGAGGUGAAGCUCGUCGAGGAGAGGCGAAAGUGGCAGGAGGCGCUGGACAUGACCAAGCAGGAGAAGGAGGUCUUCGAGAGGAACAUGGCUGAGCAGAUGAAUGCGUGGAAGGAACAGCAGUUGGCUGCUGUGGCCACUGAGAAGCUGGCGCUUCAGAAGAAAUUGGAGGAGACGGAGAAGGCUCUCAAGGAGCAGGCUGCGGUUGCUGAGCAAUUUAGGAAUCAAUCGGUGUUACUAUCCGAAAUGACAGCGAAUAAAGACUGCUACCUCUACAAAGUGAGUAGUGACGAGGAAGGGACAAAGCUCCAAGUACUGGAGACAAUAGAUUUAACGGGGGAGAAUGCCCCCUCGACCUCCAAUAAAGGUGCAGAGGUUGGGACUAAGAUCAUGACUGCCAUGGAUGAACAGUUUACCUGCAGCAUCUGCCAGGAGCUCUUCGUCAUGGCUACGACACUCAACUGCACCCACACCUUCUGCUCCCACUGCAUUCGUUCCUGGAGGCAGAAACAACAUCAUUGCCCUAUUUGUCGGUCUACCAUCACUUCUAUGAACAGAGCCCUGGUGGUGGAUAAUUUCAUUGAUGAAGCUGUUGGCAAUCUACCUCAGGAGGAGCAGGAUAAGAGGACACAGCUGCUGAGGGAGAGGCGAGAUCUCGAAGCUCCUGUGGCGACCCCAGCCCCUCAAGGAGGUCCUGCUAGAGGAGGUACUCCAGUGACAGCUCCUCCUCAGUCAAAUCGACCUCGAGCACCACGUUCAAACCAGCAUCGAGCACCACCUCCAAGCCAACCCCGGCCAGUAGCCCCCAACCAACCCCUGCAAAUUAGAGUGCCAGUACGCAAUCAAGCCAUCGUCAACGAGAUUCGAAUGGCUGUGCAGAACGCAGUGCAACAAAUGCGACUGCCAGUGCAAAAUCCUGUUGCUCUACCAGGGGUAAUACAGCACGCAGUACAACAGUUACGAAUGCCAACGCCACAGCAGAUGCAGAGGGUGCAGCCACCACGACCUCUAGCACCGCAGAAACAGCAGGCACCGAGACGAAGAUGAGGGGGAAGAUGUUUUCGUUAGGAAAAUUCAUGUUAAAUCUAUGAUGAGAAAGAUUUAAUCCAAUGAUUUAUGUUUACAGUUUAGUAUUAUUUCGUUUGUGCGUAAUCGAUGACGAUAAAUAAAUAUUUUUACUACUUCA